ACGGCGACAUGGGGAGAAUCGCACACGGGCCGUGCCAAGACGUUGCGAUGGUUGUCUCCAUAAGCCCUGAAUCAGGCGUGGCGGAGAGGCGGGGAGAUGGGGAUAUCCCAUGGCGGGGAUAGGAUAUCCCGUGCCGCAGGCUCCCAUGACUGAUCAACAUACUCGUCUCAUGGAGGAUACUCUGAGGCACAGCUUCCGCAAGGACACAGCGGCCUCUGAUGGCAGGGUGAUGCGGGGCGGGUAUAAAGACCUUCCCAAUGCGGCAAGUGAAGUGGUCUAGGUUCAGGGGCCGGCAGUCGGUCGCGCAAUGCCAAGCGGCUUU